AUGUCGAUCUUAGCAGUCACAGAGAAAGAUCACGUGCGCCGCUCUCCGCUGCGGAAUCCCAGGCUCUCCGACGCCCUGUCAGUGCCACACCAAACUGCAAGCUUUGCGAAGUACGUUGCGGCCCUCGAGGCUGAGGUCAAGGAGUUCAAGCUUCAGCUUGAAACCGUUCAAUCAAGUUUGCAGGUAGACCCAGACAAUACGGAAUUACAGAGUCUCAAAGCUGAGCUGGAAGAACUUAUAAACCUCACUGAAACAUCCAUCGCCGAAUUAAAACCAGCCGCCCCCGCAAAACCCGCACCCGUCGGCAGACCAAAAGGCCCAACAAGAGACGAGUAUGCGUCCAACAACAAAUCCAACUUUCGCUCUCCAACAGUCGAGCAAUCCGAGGAAAGCCCCGCUCCAACACCAGCUUCUUUCUCAGUGAACGAGCAUGUGCUCGCGCGCUGGACUUCCGGCGACAACUCGUUCUACCCAGCGCGCAUCACAUCCAUCACGGGCUCCUCCAGCAACCCCGUCUACAUUGUCUCGUUCAAGUCCUAUGGCACGGUCGAAUCUCUGACCGCAAAAGACCUCAAACCCAUUUCCAACAGUGACUCGCGAAAACGCAAGGCUGAUGGAAGCCCAGGCAGUUCCUCGACGCACUCCCCCGUUCCUCAGCCGCCACACGCGAGCGUCAUCUCCGCAGCCGCGGAUAUAAACCCCGCGUUAGCGACCCAGGCGCGUAAAGAGCCGAGCAAGGCCACCGACGGGCCUGCACGCCCGACAAAGGCCGCGCGCAAGGUCAAGGCUAAUAAGGAACUCGAGGAGGGUAAGAACAAGUGGAAGGAUUUUGCCAACAAGAGCAAAUACGGCAAAAAGAAGGAAAGCAUGUUCCGGACCGGCGAGGGAGUGAAUGCUCGAGCAAAGUUGGCUUCACCGGUUCCGGACAACAAAUGCGCAAAGACCCCACUCGAACUCGCCACGUUUACCAACAGGGAGAAGAAGACGUGUAUUAAACUCGACACAGUCUUGGGGCUGGCUGGGAGUUUGUUUGUCAUGAUAUACGGCCGUCAUAUCACAUCCUCUUCCAAAUAG